UCUGUCCGCCAUUCGUCUGGAGAGGUGGCGGUAACUAUGGUAACGAGGUAUGAUUAUUUCAAGUAGGGGUGCGGGGUCCCUCUUUAAGACUGGUUUCGGUGGGAGAAAAGGAGACUUCUUUCUUCGAUCUAUUGUAUUAGCCCUAGAGUUAAGAGAAAUGAGCAUUCGCGCCUGAAACAUCGUUUAGAGCGUUUGAUUCCUUUUUUUUUAAUCUUUUCUCUUUUUCAAAAGCUUCUGUUUUAGAAAAAAAAUUUAAAAAAUUUAUUUGUGUUGUAAAUUUUUUAUUUUAUUUUUCCUCUUUUAACUUUUUUGAAUUUUGAGAAAUGCCUUUUAAAUUUAAAAAAGGUGAAAUUCUGAAAUCACAAGCACGUAAAGUUGUGCACAAUGUGUUUGAGUUUUUUGCUAAUGAAGCUAAGGAAAAAGCCCUUAAAUUACCUCUCCAUCAACCAUCUGAUAGAGCAUGUCUGGCUACUGGAGUGUCAGACUUCACACUCAGAAAAAUAAAAAGAGAAGUUUCUUGUUUAGGAGAAGAAGGUGUGUUGCGCACUCCCGGAAAAAACAGGAAAAAGAAAUCUGGUGGACUUGCUCAUCUAGAUGAUUUUGACAAAUGUGUUAUUCGUCAAACCAUCCAGGAGUUCUAUAUAAGGGGAAAAAAAGUGCCAUCGCUUCGAAAAUUAAUUCCUGUUCUUCGCGAACGAAUUAAUUUUGAAUUUGAGAAAGAUUCAUUGAGGAAAGUUUUAUAUUCCUUAAACUUUCGAUGGAAGCGGUGCACUCCCCAAAGAAAACUGCUUAUCGAAAGGCCAAACAUUGUUUUUUGGCGCAAUAAAUUUCUGAGAGAAAUUCGUGAGCAUCGGAGGAUGCAGCGUCAACUAGUUUAUUUGGAUGAGACAUGGGUUGACAGCAAUUUAACAUUCCAGAAAUGCUGGCAGGACGAAAAUAACAACAUUGGUGCUAUAUCAAACGUCAGUUCGAAAAAUAGACUUAUCGUUGUUCACGCAGGAACGUCAAGUGGAUUUAUUCCGGGAGCUUUGUUGGCCUAUAAGGCAUCUAGUCAGUCUGCAUUGCUGAAAAUUAAGCAUAUGAGUAAGAGACUGAAGGAUUGA